AUGGCGUCGGGCGCGGCGUCCCACUUCCGGGCUUCUCCCGAGGGCGGGUCUCCGUGUCCCGCGGGGGGAGCCCAGACUCGGCACCCCACGGCCACUGUCUUCACGCCAGCCUCUCCUCCGCCUCGUCUCCGGCUGCAUUGCUCCUUCCCCCACGUUUGUGACGGGAGGAGCCCCCGGAGGAGUCGCUGGCCAGCAGCCCCGGGCCAGGCUUUGGGAACCAUCACUGCAGUGCCUGUCACGGGUCCUCAGGUCAGCUCCUUGCAGAGGUUGGCCGGACAAGGAGCGGCUGUGCUACCUCAGGUUAGGCCAAAGACUCUGAUUCCAGACAGCCUCCCCGUCACCCCAGGCCGGGACCGGCCACCCAAGCAGCCCCCCGCGUUCCAGAAGGCCACCGUGGUCAGCAUCAAGAACCCCAGCCCAGCCCUCCCCACCGCCAACAACACCGUGAGCCAUGUGCCAGUGCCCAGUAGCCAGCCCCAGGCCCUCGCCGAGCCCCCGGCCGUCACCUCGCCCCUGAGCAGCGCUGGGGUAGCCUAUGCCAUCAUCUCCACCGCCCCCAGCAAUGCCGCCUCCAUCGCCCCCAGCACCGCCGUGUCUGUGGUCAGCGACAGCAUCAAGGUCCAGCCCGUCCUCAUCAGCGCCGACAAGAAGGUCAUCAUUAUCCAACCUCAAGCCAAGACGCAGCCCGAGAGCACGGCGGGGUCGCGGCCGCCCACGGAGGAGCCGUCUCAGGGAGCCCCGGCCACCAAAAAGAAGAAGGAAGACCGGCCCCCGAGCCAGGAGAACCCUGAGAAAAUCGCCUUCAUGGUAGCUCUAGGCCUGGUCACGACGGAGCACUUGGAAGAAAUCCAGAGCAAGCGCCAGGAGCGGAAGCGGAGAAGCACAGCGAACCCUGCCUACAGCGGCCUCCUGGAGACCGAGAGGAAACGGCUGGCAUCCAACUAUCUCAACACCCCCCUGUUCCUCACAGCAAGAGCCACUGAGGACCCCUGCUGGAAGACCGAGAUCACCCACGAUGAGCACUGUGCCGCCUGCAAGCGAGGGGCCGACCUGCAGCCCUGCGGCACCUGCCCGGGGGCCUACCACCUCAGCUGCCUGGACCCGCCCCUCAAGGCCGCACCCAAGGGCGUGUGGGUGUGCCCCAAGUGCCAGCAGAAGGCCUUCAAGAAGGACGGCGGCAUGGCCUGGUCCGGGAUGCUGGCCAUCGUGCACUCCUACGUCACGCACAAGACAGUCAAGGAAGAGGAGAUGCAGAAGCUGCGACGGAGAGGCAGCGAGCUACAGAGCGAGCACCAGCAGCUGCAGGAGCGCGACCGGCGCCUGGCCUCGGCAGUCAAGAAAUGCCUUGAGCUUAAGACGAGCCUGCUGGCCCGGCAGAGGGGCACCCAGUCAUCCCUGGACCGGCUGCGGGCCCUCCUGAGACUGAUACAGGGCGAGCAGAUGCUGCAGGUCACCAUGACGACCACCAGCCCCGCCCCGCUGCUGGCCGGGCCCUGGACCACGCCCUCAGCAGCAGCCAUGCACUCCGCCCUCCAGCAGCCCCAGGGGCACAACUGACUCCCAGGGGCCGGCUUCACACCCACGGAAGGUUCCUGAGACCCCGAUCACCAGACCUGAGGGUUCUGUCCGCCUUAAUUCAUAAACACUAUGAAUUUCAGCCGAAAAUAAAACCAGACUGAGAGACACAGGAAAGAAGGGGAGGAAGAAGCGGGACGGGUAGGGAUGGAGGCCCACCCUGCCCCGGGAGGCCGAGGGUCCCGGCUGGUGGGGGACAGCUGUCCCCUCGGCCUCGUGCUGCCCCCCCGGGAGAGAGAAGGGCAAAGAGAGGUGGGGAGGGGAACCGGGAACCCGAAGACCUAGCUGAGUAGAGGCGGUAGUUGGGCACGCGGUGGUAGUAAGUCUAGGUAGGACCCCGCACCCCUCCCCGCCCGGGUGCCCGGGCUCCAGUGCUCUCCGGAUCCGGAGCCCCUGUCGGUCAGUAUUAUUAGCGGUAAGAGUCAAGCUGUUGAACUUGAAAGACACUACUCUGUGGGUCCCUCCAGGGACGCUGCCCCCACUGCCAGGGUCUCCGCGUGCCCCCGGUCUCCGGAGCACCCGCACCGUGCGCCUCCUCCCCUCUGCUGACCUCUUGGGGCUCAUGUUCCAACUUUAGGACUGAAGCCUUUUCUUUUCCCCUUUCGAAGAGCCGACCAAGUAUUUCACUCCUCGUUUCUUGCCAGUACAGACACUAUGCCAAAAAAUA